UGAAAGAGGAAAGGCGGGUUUCACUGCGGGGCCUCGGGGCAUGUUUGUGCCUGAGGCAAUUCCCCUCGGGCCUGCACCAAGCUGGCAAGCAGGCAAGCUGGGCCAAACCUGUGACAACAUUGAGGGACCCAACCCCCUGGUCAGCCCAGUCCUCCCUGCCAAGCUGGCCUGUCUGCCAUCUGGCCAGUGCUCACACAUGUCAGCACUGUCGUCAGAGGCAAGUCGUCAUCAAGGGCACUAAAACCAAGCUCCCUCCAGGGCUGGACCACCAGGUCCGCCCGCUGCUGUCUUGCAUUCCUGCUGCCGUCUAAAGAGAAGCUCGCAUUCUUGGACACAUACUUCUCUUCCUCCACCUCUCCAUAGCAGUCACCCCUUUGGAUUCAUCAAACAGCAGCCUGUGCCUCCUCGCUCAAAAAGACAUCUUCGCCACCCUUGACCAAAUUUCACUCCUCAAGGACAAACCAGACAUCGUCAACAACCUCGUUCAGCUCCAUAAACCCCAUCACCACCAGCAGAAACAAUGGCUUCUUCCCAAGACAAGGUCCAGCACUAUCUUGGCCAGCUCGACAAGGAGCUGUCCAAGUAUCCUGCCCUGCAGAACCUCGAGAAGCAGACCAGCGUCCCCAAGACAUAUGCCGUCAUUGGAGCCGUCACCCUGUACUUCUUCUUCAUCGUCUUCAACCUCGGCGGUCAGCUCCUGACCAACCUGGCCGGCUUUGCCAUCCCUGGCUACUACUCACUGAACGCCCUGUUCACCUCCAGCAAAACCGAUGACACCCAGUGGUUGACCUACUGGGUCGUCUUUUCCUUCUUCACCGUGCUGGAGAGCCUGCUCAGUGUCGUGUACUGGUUCCCCUUCUACUACACCUUCAAGUUCGUCUUCCUGCUGUGGCUCGCUCUUCCCACCUUCAGGUAUGUCUUGUGGCCCCCCCGGCUGUCAGUGGCCCUUGAAGACCCGUCUGACAGUGUGAUAGGGGUGCCGAAAUCAUCUUCCGCUCUUUCCUGGCCCCCACACUCGGCCGUUACUUCGGCGGCUCUACCGCUCCUGGCCUGCGUGCUCAGGCCGACAAGACCGAGUAAGCAACUUGCACCACGGGAUCUGCCGACCAAUCGAGGGCGCGCGUGGCCCUUGAAAGCCUCGAAGGGACAUUUACUCGGCAGCGAGAGUGCGAGGAUGAAACCAUUGUGCCCUUGAACAUUGCCGGACAAGCUGGGCCGGGCGAUUGGCGCAUGGGAACAUGUAUAGAUGGGACGGAUGCGUUGUACUGCUAGCUGGUGAAAUGUGGAUGCCAAUGGGGUAAUUCCUCUCUUUGAACGAGUCUUAUUAGAACAGGUGAUGGUUACGUUUGACUCUUGUCGCGCGUCAUGGGUUGGGUGAUACAUCAGUUCAUGAAUUUGCGGUCAGUUGUCUUUUAUUCGCAGCAGCUUUUACUUCCGUCAUUUGGGGUCAGAAUAUUGCUGCAGCUAGCCGGCCGAGGACUCCAUUGUUACCUAGGUGGGUGAAGGUGACGAGGACUUUGGGCAGUAGGCCCACCGCACACAUCUGAAUUGGGACUACGUCAGCUUCAGGGUGGUGUCCAGUAACUGCACGUAGUAAUAACGUCUUCCAUAAUUGGACUCCGAAC